ACUGCUUCGGAGGACGUGGAGUCAAAAGCGUCUCUUUAACGCUCUUUUUUCCUUUUUAUUGAGAGCUUGGAAACUUUUUAGGACUUUUUGAGAAAAGCUCGGCCUUAAAGAUGAAAGGAGGGAAUUGAUGCCUGUUUGUGGCACAUAGCGAGACACAGACGAACGUGGCACCUGCGGGACGAUAAACGCACUUUUAAUUGGACCGAGUGUGUGCGUUUGUGUGUGUGUGUGUAAGCUGACUGGUGGAUGACAUCGCUGUUUAAUGUGCAGAAGUGCACAACUGCAAAGUGACCUGACUGCACUCUUGAGGUGAAGAAAUCAAACAGUGAUUCUCAUGUUCCAGACCCUUCAGACAGCAGGUCUAUGGAAAUGCAGGACCUAGCCAGUCCUCAUAAUCGUGUGGGCGGCGGAGAUUCCAGUGGCUCCAAGCUGGACAAGAACAACCUCGGCAGCCCCUCCACAGUCACCGCCAAUGGAACAGGAGUGAAAACAGAGCCGAUGAACAACAGUGAUGCAGUGACCACGACAGGCGACGCAGUACUGGACUCGUACGCCGGCUCAGUCAUUACUAGCAGUGGCUACAGUCCUCGCUCAGCGCACCAGUACUCUCCUCCCCUCUACCCGUCUAAGCCGUACCCUCACAUCCUGUCCACGCCGCCCGCCCCGUCCAUGCCAGCGUACGCGGGCCAGCCGCAGUUCAGCAGCAUGCAGCAGUCCACCGUCUACACGUACUCUCAAACGGGACAGGCUUAUGGACUGUCUGGCUAUGACCUGGGUGUGAUGCUGCCAGGCAUCAAGACAGAGAGUGGUUUGUCCCAAAGUCAGUCUCCUCUCCAAACAGGGCUCAGCUACAGCCCCGGCUUCACCACGCCCCAGCCCGGCCAGACGGCCUACUCGCCCUACCAGAUGCCAGGUUCAAGUUUUACCCCUUCCUCAGGCCUCUAUGCCACCAACAACUCAGUGUCCAGUCCCGCCAACUACACUGCAACUCAGCAGGAAUAUCCCUCGUAUACAAACUUUGGCCAAAACCAAUACGCCCAGUAUUAUUCCGCCUCCCCGUACGGGACGUAUAUGACCCCCAGCAGCAUUGAGGGCAACGGCACCACCGUCGCCGCCUACCAGUUGCAGGACCCUACGCCUGGAAUGACGGGCCAGGCAGCAGAACUUCACCCAGGGGACUUUGACACGGUGCAGAGGCCUUCCACACCCAUCAAGGACCUGGAUGAGCGAGCGUGCAGGAGCGGUGGAUCUAAGUCGCGGGGCAGGAGCCGUAAGAACAACCCCUCGCCUCCGCCAGACAGCGACCUGGAGAGGGUUUUUGUGUGGGAUCUGGACGAGACCAUCAUCGUCUUCCAUUCUCUGCUCACAGGCUCCUACUCACAGAAAUACGGCAAGGACCCUCCUAUGGCGGUCACGCUGGGCCUGAGGAUGGAGGAGAUGAUCUUCAACUUGGCCGACUCGCACUUAUUCUUCAAUGACUUGGAGGAGUGUGAUCAGGUACAUAUUGAUGACGUAUCAUCUGAUGACAACGGGCAGGACUUAAGUACUUACAGUUUUGCAACUGAUGGCUUCCAUGCAGCUGCGACCAGCGCCAAUCUGUGUCUCGCCACGGGCGUCCGCGGCGGCGUCGAUUGGAUGAGGAAGCUGGCCUUCCGCUACAGACGUGUCAAAGAGUUGUAUAGCACUUACAAAAACAAUGUGGGGGGUCUGCUGGGUCCCGCUAAGAGAGACGCCUGGCUGCAGCUGCGAGCCGAGGUGGAGGCGCUGACCGACUCCUGGCUCACUCACGCCCUCAAGUCGUUGUCCAUCAUCAGCUCCAGGAGUAACUGCGUCAAUGUGCUGGUGACCACGACGCAGCUCAUACCGGCACUGGCUAAAAUUCUCCUCUAUAGUCUCGGCUCCGUGUUCCCCAUCGAGAACAUCUAUAGUGCGACAAAAAUAGGAAAAGAGAGUUGCUUUGAGCGCAUAAUGCAAAGGUUUGGCAGGAAAGUAGUGUAUGUUGUAGUGGGGGACGGUGCGGAAGAGGAGCAGGCGGCCAAAAAGCACAACAUGCCCUUCUGGAGGAUAUCAAGCCACUCUGACCUGCUGGCAUUACAUCAAGCACUGGAGUUCGAGUACCUGUAACUGGUCAAAAUAAGGACUUGUCACAAUGGACGUGCGCAUACCUUUUUGUAAAACUAUUUAAGAAGAAACUAUACACUGCAAUUUUUUUUUUUCCUCAAACUCCUGGAUUUACAAACUGAAUGGUCUUAAAAGCAGCAAUGGAGGACUGAGAGGUGUUCCGAGAAUCCACACACACACAAAAAGGACUGUCCAGACUUAAAAGCUGGAGGUCUCUGUCCAGACAGCACGUAGCCACGCCAGCUGAUUUUUUGCGGUUUCCUUUCUGGUCCGUCCGAUGCAGACGCCUGUGUAAAUUAUUUGCAAUAAAAGUGAAGGGCCGAAGUGUGGGUGAUGUGUUGAAGUUUUUUUUGGGUGGGGUGUUGUUUUGGUGCGGUGAAUGGGGUUGUUGAGUAUGUGCAACAUGAGUUGUGCCUUAAUGUGUUUUCAUGUCUGUUCUUUUCAAAAGUGUAAAUAUUAAACAAGGAUAAAUAUUUGGGUGUUGUCUUUGAUUGUUCACUACGAUCAGAAUCAAAAUGUUGACUUCCUCGGGCCGCAUACAGAA